GCGGGCGCGCGUGGCGCGGCGCGCGCGGCGCGUGCGGCCGGCGGGGCCCGCGAGCGGCGGCGGCGGCGCGUUGAUAAGGGGCCGGCCGGCAGCGGGGCUCGCCGCAGAGGCGCGGAGCGGCGGCGGGAGAGCACGGGCAUGGGGGUGAACUGCCCCGCGCUGCCCACCCCCGCCGCCUUUGUCUCGCUUUAAAUUUAGUUUUGAUUUUUUUUAUUAUUAUUUUAAAAGUUUGGGUUGUUUCCUUUUUUUUUUUUUUUUCCGCCCGCCGCCACCGUGGCCGCCCGGCGAUGAACGGCGGGGCUCUGCCGCCGCUGCCUCCCGCCGCACCCCGCGGCCGCCGGCGGCCCGCCUCCCCCGAGCUGCUGCGCUGCAAGCGCCGCCUGGCCUUCGCCGCCCUGCCGGGCACCGGGGCGGCCGCGGCCGCCGUGGCCCGUCGGAACGAGCGGGAGCGCAACCGAGUGCGGCUCGUCAACCUGGGCUUCGCCGCCCUCCGCCAGCACGUCCCCCACGGCGCCGCUAGCAAGAAGAUGAGCAAGGUGGAGACCCUCCGCUCCGCCGUCGAGUACAUCCGCGCCCUGCAGCGGCUCCUCGACGAGCACGACGCCGCCGCCUCUUUCCCCGACGGCCGCGGGCGGGUGGCCGUCGGGGAAGUUGGCGGCGGCGGCGGCUACUCCUCAGCUUCCCCCUCCUUCGCCUCCUCGGCGCCCGGCUCGCCCUGCUCCUCCGAGGAGAGCGGCUACGACGCGGCGCUCAGCCCCGAGGAGCGGGAGCUGCUGGACUUCACCAGCUGGCUGGGGAGCUACUGACACGGCGGGAGCCGCGCUCAGCCCGCAGCACGUCGGCACCCGCGGUCUCGGCGGCAGCAGCAUCCCCUCCAAAGUACCGACCUGCACCCCGGCGGGGCCCCGCUGGCUGCUUUUCUCGCCUGGUUCAGGCGUCGUCUUGUGGCUGUGGGAAGUGCAAUGGGGUCUCUGACUGCGGGGUCCCGCUGCUCCACGGAGGCAGCGGCUCUGCCUGCCCGCCGGGAGCUGCCGGAGAGGAUGUCCGAGCGAACCUGCUUCCCCCCGCCGCCGCUGUCUUAUGUUGCUUUGGAGGGGUGGAAAAAAAAAAAAGAAAAAAAAAUUAGAAA